ACUGAGCUCUUCCUUACAGCUUUAUUUUUUCUACACCGACCUUUCAUCCUGCCUCUGCCUCUGCCACCGAAGAGACCGGGCUUUUCGUGGAAUGAAAGAGCUGAUAAAACAUUUGGCAAUACAUUUGAAUUUUUAUUAAGAUACCGUGGCUCGUGAUAGACGAGAGCCCGAGCUUCUGCUUGCACGUGAAGGCAGCAUCUUUUAACCGCCCACACUGUUGCCGAACAGGAGCUGCGAAGAAGCAGCAGCCGGAGCGACAGACUGUGGGCUAAGUUUGUCCGCCCUAGCUUCCCAUCACGAGUCGACGGGUCUUUGUUUUUGUGAUGAACAAGUACCUCCGCUUUCGCUUAAAAUUCACACCUAAAGUAGAGGCGUUAGAAACGGUCAAGUGCGCUCGUGACAUUUUGGAUAGUUUGUAGCACAGACAGAGAAACAGGAAAGGAGAGAGAGAGGGGGAGAAGUGCGAGCGACUCCAAAGUUGACACUUCGCUGUCAUGUUUGGUACUUGUUGAAUAGGCUGUGUACAAACACAACACUGCAGUGUGUGCGUGGGCGGCUGCGUGCUGGGAACAGAGUCUUCUGUAUCACCAUGAGGCUUUAAGGGCACAGGGAGGACAGUGAUGGCAGAGCUGGAGAUUGACCAGUCCAACCUUCCACGUGUCCAAGAAGUGUGCCAGUGUUUUGCUGUGCUGGAGGAUGGAGCGCUGGCACACAACCUGCAAGAGCAGGAGAUCGAGCAAUACUAUACCACCAACAUUCUAAAGAACCAGCUUGUGCAGAAUGACAUCCGUGUAGCCAAGAAGCUGCAGGAUGAAGAGGAGGAGCAGCAGGCCCAGCAGAGUGCCCUUCAGAGACAGGCCUCCAGACAACUAGAGGAGCAGGACUUUGAGUAUGCCCGUGUGAUUCAGGAAGAACUCCAGAGAUGUGCCGAGGAGGCUCAGAGGAGGGAGCUGGAUGAUGAGAUGAUCAGGAGAGCAUCCAAACUUGGCACACAGGAAAUUGCCAAACGGUUGCAAGAAGAGGAAGAGGAGAGUAUCAGGAGACGAAGUAGAGGGUCAGGGAGUCAUAGUGAAGGCAGCACGAGUGACCCUGCACUGAUAUCCCUACAACAGCACACAUACAACAGCGUUUGCCAGGGGGAGGAGCAGCACCAGAGCACCACCACCAGGUGGCGAUCCUCUACUUCUCACUCAGACAUAACUGGGCCUCAGACUAACUCCCCAAGGGGGUUAGCGGCUCAGAAAAAUACAACUUCAUGGUCAAAUCAAGGACACCCCAAUUCCAUUAGGCAAAUUAGCAGUGAAUUGAGAGAGCCUUUGAGUGAAAAUUCAGAUGACUCGGACACAGUUUUCUCUGAACAGCUCUCUGUCUGGUCCCAGAGACUGAAUGAAAGAUUCAACACUGCACCUGCUCGACAGCGGGCAUCUUUACAUCAGCCACAAGAGAGAAAUUACAGAAGAGUUUACUCUCGUAGAACAUUCUCAGACGAGUUCAGGGAGGAGAGAGAAGAGUGGGACGAGGACUUUUAUGAAAAUGGUGAUCUGAAUGAAAGGAGGCCUAGGAAUCAGGAUAAAGAGAGGAAGUACAGAGAUGAGUAUGAGAUCAGAGGUCAGGAUACAGGCUCUCAGUUCGUCGAGUUUAGAGAAAAGCGACGCAGUCACAGUGAAUCUGUUCGGCUGCAUGACAGGGAUAGACACAGCAACAGAGACUUUGCAAAGACCUGGAGCUACAAGGACAGCCCUGACAAACACGUCCGUUUUCGAGAUGAUAAGAGGAGCUCUCGCAGGGAGCAGAGUGAAAGCAGCCAAGUGUGGAAGAUGCUGGCCCGUGUCCUCAAAGAGAGGGGUGUGCCUGUGAAGCUUGGUGGCAAUGGGGCGCCACUGCAAAUAAGGCCUCAAAGCAGAGACAGCCAGGUGCUUCAUGGGAGUGAGGUCUCCAGCGGCGACUCCCAACCACAUCAGAGAGCCUUCCACAGAGCUGCUUCCACGAGGCACAGUUUCCAUGGAGAUAUUAGGGAGAGAAAGAGAUUGUCAUACCGAGAGAGCAGCGGGAGAGAUCACAGAGAAGACCGAGACAGGCAUCAUGAUAAUGGAGAGAUUUACGAGAUUAGGAGAAGAGACUCGGACCUUGCUAAAAGAGAAAGACAAGGCAGUAGAAGGUGGAGAGAGCACAAAUACACUAACAAUGAUGAGAGGGGAGAGAGGAAUGUAAAUAAUUACAGAGUCAGGAGGGCAGCAAGCGAGCGGAGGCAUUUACACAGGACCGCAGAAGAAAGCUUAAGCUCAGAGGAGGAGCAAGACGUGGAGAGGAGAGUAAAUGUACCCCGACGAAGAGCCCCAGGGCGUAGCCAAAGUCUCAGCACCAGCAGCAGGGCUUCAACCAGGGAUAGGUCAAGGCGCACGGCAGCAGGAGCACCACCUCAACCAGAGCUGAGUGAAACUAAUCUGAGCCUGGGGGAGCUGCAGCAGGUUUUAGAAGAUGAAGAACUGGCCCUCAAGCUACAGGAGGAAGAGGAAAAGCUGUUUAGGAGGAACUCUCCGCCAUCUCAACGUUGUUCUUAUCCAGAAGGGGACUUCAGAGUAGCACAAGUGGCACAGGAUGAGGAAAUUGCACGAUUCAUGCAGAAACAAGAAAUUAAAUCAAAGCGUAGAUCUCGUGAGCUGGAAGGGCCUGAGUCUUGGCGUGAGCAUAGGGCGAUGAUAAAUCAUCAUGACAGACGAGCUGCAAGAGAGAGACAGGUCCAACGAGAGAGACUUGACUCAGAGGGCCUUCCUUCCCCAACUGAGGACUGCUCUCCAGAGAACCUUCCGCCAAGUCCCACCACCACUACACCAUCAGCCCAGCAGAUUAGAAACAUUGCAGAGGAAUUGGAUCCAACCUUCCAGGCGAGGAGGCAAGGCACAAUGAGCCUCCAAAUGCGACAAAUAGGUCCAGCUUCUCAGCCCCUUCCUGUGCCACAGUCAGGUCUAAAUGAAAUGCUUGAGGAGCCUACAUUUAUUCCGCCAACAAAGCGUCAAACAGACAAAUCGGGACGAAGUAAAUCCAAAGAGAAGAAGGAGAACUGCAAGCAACAGUGAUCUCCAACACUGUGUUCUGCUGUAGGCCAACACAGUUUCUUUUAUAACACUUAAUCAGUUCAGCUAGAGUUCUCAUUGCUUAUUAUUUUAGGGUUAAAACUGACACGAAUAGCAUUCACUCAGCUGCCCCUACUAGCACUUUUUUAGAGCAGUGGAAUAAGGAGACUUUUUAGAUUCUUGAUUAAGUGAGUAAAGACAACAUUUUAAAAUCAUGGCUUUUAUAAAUGCUAAAGGGAAAUGUUGGGUUUGUUAUUGUAUUGUAUUUUAUCUGUAGUUAACCAGUAUACUGUCAGCUGGAUCUCUCAGUCAUCCCCAAGUUGUGCCUACACUUUAUUUACAUUACAAAUACACUAAACCAUCCAAGUAGACUACUAAGUUCUGCCACCUAGUAUAUAACUUCAUUGUCUAAAUCAGAAUACUUUAAUAAUCCCUAAGGAUUGGGUUGGAUUUUUGGCUGAGAUUCUGUCGCUCUCCAUUAAAAUGAAGCUACCAUAAAAAUUUGAUACUGUUAAUUUCUUCUUAAGUGAGUAAAUGUACAAAUUCAGCAGGGGAUCAAAUAAUUAUUUCCUCCACUCUAUUUCUUGGGGGAAUCUCCAGAAGCAUGUGAACGUUAAUCUUUACUAAGAAAGGGUGGAAACCUAAUCUUAUUUCAAA